CUCACCUGUCGGUCUGUCAAGCAGCUACUCACACCUCCACCGGGCAGCAGAGCAGGAGGAGUGUGCGUGAUGUUUAACGUCGUGCACCAGGUUCGGAAGUACGUCCCCACGCGCUCCUCGGUCACGGAGGACAUCCCCGUGCGGACUGUGCAGGUGAACAAAUCCCUCGGGACGCUGCGCGAAGCACCGGAGGCUACCUGGCCGCCCCCGGGCGCUAAAAUACGGAUAUCCAAGGCCAACAAGGGCGCGGCGGUGCGAGCCGUCCGGCGGCACCCGCCGUCCCCGCAGGCGGCCAGCCUGGAGAGCCUGGAGGCGGCUUGGAGCGAGAGGGCGACCCCGGAGGUGAAGCCACCGGAGAGGAGCCCCGAGGUGAGGAACGGAGACCCAGCCGGGAUGGAAGGUGGAGGAGGGCCUCCCCGGGUCAGGAAGAAGGGGUUCAGACCCCCGGAUGUGAGGACCAUCUUCUCCCCCGGAGAGAGGGACCCCAGGGUGGAAGAGGAGUCCGGGGAGGGACACAUCUUCGAGUCCGAAGGAGAGGACACCUGGUGUGAUGUGUGCUGCCGCUACAUCUUCCAGCGAGGGCUCACAUGUGCAAGGUGUAAGUACGCGUGUCACGCUGCCUGUCGGGACCGAGUGUCACUGGACUGUCAUCCUGCAGCUUCUCCCUUCAGCCAGGACCAGCUCAACAACAACAACACACUGCUGCAAGAUGUGGAGAAGGAGCGAGAGCUGCGGACGGAGUUCAACAGGGAGGAAAUCAGACAGAAGAUCGAGCAGUACAACUCUCUGACCAAAGACCACCUCAAGAUGACACCCAAUCCCACUGGUGUGUAUACUGGUUUCAUCAAAGUGCAGAUGGACCUGAGGAGGCCGGUGACUGUGCGGGGGGGCCAGAGAGGAGCCGGGGGGGCACUGGUGGGUGAGGCCUUCUAUCUGCCUCGCGGAGUCACCAACACCCUCCACAUCAGCUCCAAUAACACCGUCAGACAGGUGAUCGUCGCCCUGCUGAGCAAGUUCACAGUCCAAGACAACCCAGCCAAAUACGCCUUAUACAAACGCUACCGCAGGGAAGAGCAGGUGUACGUGUGUAAGCUGGCGGAUGGCGAGCAGCCGUUGUUUCUGCGUCUGGUGGCGGGACCCGACUCCGACACGCUCAGCUUCGUUCUGAGGGAACAGACCGGAGAAGUCAUGUGGGAUGCCUUCUCCAUCCCCGAGCUGCGUAACUUCCUGCGGAUCCUCGACAAGGAGGAGAACGAGCAGAGGGAGGCGGUGCUUCGUCGUUAUGAUUCUUACCGGCGGAGACUGCAGGAGGCGAUGAGAGAGCUCCGAGGACCCUCUUAGAGCAUUCACCCCCAAAAACAGGACUACUCCCCCUACUGGCUCGGAGGAGGGGACUUUUUUACAUCCUCAGAGGAGCUGAAUCUACAUUUUGACGAGGAGAGGGAUGUGAGAGCAAAGGAUUCUGCGCCAGGACGAAAGAUGAUACAAAGAUUGAAAGGAAAUAAACUGAGGAAGGAUAAACGGACAAUAUUGGGAUGCUGGAGUUUGAUUCAGCCUGGAUGAAAGACUUCAAACUGCUGCCUGCUCACACUGAAGCGUGCCAUAUUCACUCCUCCUCUCUCCAUACAUCCCUCUCUCCUACUCUGUCCGGCUGUCACAUCAUGUAUCUUUAGUUCCCCCUUUGUAUCCCUUUAAACUUGUGAAAGACUCAAGGCCAUAUGUGGAGUUAGAGUUUUAUUUAAUUUUUUUGUUUUGAAUGGUUUGUACAUAUUUUUCUUUUUUAAUUUAUAUGGGUGAAGCUUUUUAUUGUUUUGUGUUUCUGGAAACAAAAAGUCUUAUUGAGUUGUUUUGUUCCGAGGCGGAGCAGCAGUCUGCUCGUUGACACAGACGGAGAAUAGUGAGAGAUAUUGAGCUGACAUACACAUUACAGGACGAGCAGAUCAUUUGGAGAAGGGACAAAGUAUGUAUGGAGUCUUGAGUGUGCCAAAGAAAGUGUUUUUUUUAUUACAAUUAUUUUUACUUCAUGUUCAUAGCUGUUAAUAGAAUGUGAAAAAGCCACCAAAAGAAAACACAACAGACGAGGGACAACACAUACACAAUAUUAAAGUCAAAUUAAAUACAAAUAAAAUGGCAAUUCAACUUACUAUUUAAUCAUCUUAAAAAGAAGUUUGGCAAUUACAUUGUAGAUUAAGAAAAUUACACUUUUUAGAUUCAAAGAUAUUUUCUGUGUUAUUAUUAUUUUCAGGGUGCAUAAUAAUAGCAGCUAAAUAUCCCGUAACUCUUAUUUCCAUCAUUUUGCUGCUUUUAUCACCUUUUACAUAUCACAUACAUUUAUUUUAAAUGCAUACAUAUAAAGCAUUUUUAAUGAGUCAAUGAAUGAUUGUUAUCUUUGAUUAUUAUUUGUAUUCUAAUUAUUGGCACACUUCAGACUUCAUCGAGAGUUGUUGGUGUACAGAGGAAUAAAAGGUGCAUUUGAGCUUUAAUGGGACUGAAAACACAAACUCUACUGGCAAAUAAUGAAAGAGGAAAGGUCUUGUUUACUGAACGAAGAAAGAAACGUGGUUUUGGUUGGAAAGAUAGUUAUUUUAUGGCGAGUGAGGGUGAUUUUGUUGGAUUUAAAGCCGAAGAUGCUAAUGUGGUUUGGAUAGACUUGACCUCCGACCUUUGACCCUGCAUGGUCACAGCAGGAGGAGUGACGGUUUCUGGAAGUUGACUGAGAAGUUUAGGAAAGUAGAAUAGAAGGAAGAAUAGGACGGUAGUGAGCGGUGUGACCUCGAGGACAAUGUGUGUCCUGUUUUCCUGCAUUAAUGAAAGCUGCUGCUGGGAGAAAUAAGGGAGUGCUGAGGUCUGUGAGAACAGCUGAUACUGAUAUGAGUCAUGUCUGUUGUUGCUGUGUGCUCUUAUCUGCAGUCAAAACCUGCAGCCUUGACCUCCUUUACAGGCCGAGGUUCAGCUGGCAAGGAAAAGAAAGACUUGGAGAAAGAAAUGCAAAGUGCGAAAGAAGUUGAACAGGUGGAGGCGUUUUUGUACAGUGAAGCUUCAUGACAUGUGUUGCCAGUAGCUGCCUUAAAUAUAUAUGCAAUGUUAUCUUUAGUAUAUGCAAUUCAUCAUUUCUGGCUUAGAGACCAAAGAGUUUGUCGAUGUAGUUUUGUUAAAAGAUCUGUUGUUUUUGUAGCAGCAGUUAUUCAGAUAUUUGAUCAAAAAGCAUACAUUUAAGAUUAAACAAAGACAAUCAUUUGAACUAGAAAUGGGGUUAUUAAUAUAUAUCGCAAGCAUAGAUCGCAAGUCAUUAACAAAGGUUGAGUUGAGCUGAUUGAAGUACAACACCGCCACCUAGCGGGCAAACCUUGUAACUAUUCUCUCAUUUCUGUGUCAAACUAUCUCAUAGAUUUAUUUUUUUGUUAUAACCAAAGAUAUUUUUGUGGUGUUGCCUGGAGCAAAACAUAUAUCAGAGGCCUGUUCCCACUGAAGGGAACACAUAUAAAGCUCAGAGUUGUAUUUAAAGGGGUUUUAACCCUGGUUUAUUUUAUUAAGGAACACUGGGUUAAUGAUAUGGAAGCAAAGGGAGAAGGUCAGGGGGAUUUGAAUCUUACAAGCAGCUGAACGCCUAAUUGGGACAUUUCAAGGGCCAUUCUUCCAAUUGUAUACAUAAUUUACUCGGAAAUACUCGCAAAUAAAAUGUUAUUAUUUGAAACCUGGCAUUAUGGGAAAUGUAGGAUCAAACUUUUUAAAACGUCUCUUUAAAAAGUACCAAAAACACCCCAAAACUAAAUGAUAUAUUUGAAUACAACAGAAUCUAGAUGAAUUAACAAUUUGAAAAUAUUUUUGACGUUUUCCCAUUAUUUAAUUCAAAGUGGUGUAACUGUAAAAGCUUUAAUAUUUACUUUUUUUUAUCCAGAUGUUCAACAUGUUUUUGGGGUAAAACUCUUUACUCUAUUUGCUUUGGCCAAUUUAAAUGAAGUCAUAAAGUCAAGUCACUGAAAUGAUUCUAAGUUUUGCUCGUCUUGACCUUAAUUCGGUUUGGUAUUUAGCUGCUUAUAAAACGUUCAAACUAUGUUGGCCUUGUGUUGCUUCCCUAUAAUAUCAUUGAAAAGAUACACAAGUCUGCAUGGAAACAGUUAAUCUUAAAGCCAUGUUGUUGUUGUUGUUUGUGUAUCUGAUAAACAACUUGUUCUGUCAGAUGACAUCAUACCAGACUAAUCGUAUCAAUUCAUUCAGUUUUUGGGGCACUUUAACUUCAGGGAAGACGGGUUUCUUUUCAUUUUUCUUCUUUCGCUUUAAACUUCCGCCAUCAAACUGUACUUUAUCUUAACAUCUUAUACACUAUAAUCUUAUUUUGAAAGAUUUUGUUAAGCUCCACACAUAAUUAAAUGUUUUUUUUUAAACAAAUGGAAGUACAGUGUGACAGAAGUUGUUGUUUUUUUUAAAGCUCAUUUUUGUUCAUCUUUUGUAUAUUUUGAGUUUAGCUGUUAGACUGUGAAUGGUUUUGUUGAAUCUCGCAUGUUGUUCUUGUUUUUGUGACACACAUGCUCUCUGUUCACUACUGGGCUUAAUAAUAUUAAAGCAUGCGUUAUCGUAGAGAAAACUGGGGGGAACCCUUUGAGUGAAAUCUGAUGUUUUUUAAAAAUGUCAUCAGAUCUGCUGGUAUAAGUGAGGCUUGAUGAUUCAUUAACCUUUGAUGCAAAGCUUUGGGCCAGUAGUGUUCAUAAAUGAAUACUUUUAUAUAUGACAUCUGGUAUUUAGAAAGACAUGUAAGGCUGUUUUCAUCAGACAUGCAAACUAUUGGCUUCAGCUAACAUUGUUUACCUUUUUUAGAAGAAGCCGUUUGAGAAAUUCCAAACAUGUAGAUUUGAUCUAGAUUGUGUCACUUUACGAUGUUACACCAUAUCAUGCUGAUUGUUUGCCUGAUCAAUCAUUUGAGCAACGUCGAACUGCUGAUUUAGGCCUCGAGGAAAAACGGAUGUAUCUUGUUUCUUUACAUGUAAAGUAUGUCUUGAGCUUAAUCAUUUUAUCAACAGACAAAUAUUCUGCAACUAUUUUGAUCAUUUCUUUCAAGCAAAGAAAUCCAAAAAUCCAGAUCCAGCCUCUUCAAAGUGUCUUUGAUUUACAUGUUGAUGAGAAACAAAGCAAUCCAAAAUACUAACAAUGAACAUAAAUGAGACAUAUCAGCCUUAUGUGGUGUACAAUUAGAUUUACACUUAAAUAUGUAUUUACUUUCUUGUGAUUUGAGACAUUGAAAUCUAAGCUGCUACUAAAUAUAAUUCUUGAUUUUGGAAAUAGAACCCCCCCCCCCCCACCAUGUGCAGCUUUCCUGUAGCUUUUGAGCAUUUGACAUGAUCCUCAAUCGCAGAUUGAAUGCAAGCAAAUCACUUUUCUGUAUUUUAAAGAACUUUCCAUUCAACGCUGUGGUUUAGGGAUUUAUCUGAACAACCAAAUAGUUGUUGGAAAGUAGAAAAACCACAAAAUGUACCAUACAUCAGUCUUUUUUAAGCAGCUCUUAAAUGACGUAGCUAAUCUAUUAUCUAAGAUUUCUGGUCUGUAAGGCUUUUAUCUUCUGUUGUGUGCGAUCCGUGUGAACAUCCAGACACUGUACAUGUAAAUGCCAAAGAUCUGCGUGUAGCUCUGUUGAUAUUCAGCUUCUCCAAUGAUGCUGUUUUUGUCGACUAUUUAGAGAUCAGAUUGAUCUCAAAUCAUGAGUUCUCCAUUAGCAUCCGAGCUCAGAAAGUUAUUUCUGUUUGUUUUACACUUGAAUUAAAAAUGUUCAGGUUUUAAUUUCAGCCCUGAGCUGCAAAAUCCCAAAUUUAAAUGUAGGCUUUUGAGAGCUCCGAAUACAGCAGUGCCUUUCUAAAGUCAGACAGAAAUAGAAUCCUGCAGCAGGGCUUCCUCAUGUCGCUUUUUCUGCAGGAGAACUCUUCAGAUGUAUUGUUGUCGUCACCUUGCGGCCUCUCUUUGAAUCGAUACCAAAUGUUGCCUUUCCUUCACACAGGGCAGGCUGCGUCCAAUAAAGUUGAAAUUAAAACAAAAACAA